AUGAUCCACGAGAAAGAUAUCUUGGCUUCUAUGAACUUGGCUUCUAAUGAGGCGCAGGGCUAUCUUAAGGCUGCUCAGCAAAAAUACAACGCUCAGGGUUUGAACGUGGGCUAUCUUAAGGCUGCUCAGCAAAAAUACAACGCUCAGGGUUUGAACGUGGUCAGUCAGUUCUAUCAAGAUGCUAUGAAUGCGUUCAGACCAAUUCUAACAUGGAUGUUUGGCGAGUUGGAAAAGGUUGACAUCUAUCCACUCCAGCACUCAAUCACCACGGUCAUUGUUGGUCAGGUUUACGACUUUGUAUACAUGUUGGAGCGUUUGACUGAACUCCGAGCUGUUAAGCCCCUGUUAUUGACGGGCAAUGAACACAACCUAAUCAACCGAUUGAAAACUCUGGAGAGCCGAGUCGUGGCGGCCGUCGAGGGGGCAAAGAAUAGAGGAAUUAUUCACCCGCCUAUGAAUACCCUUAUGAUUCAGUAUUACGAUAAAAUUAACGCCUUUUUGAACGUUGAGUUCCCCAAAUUAAACCAAGCGAUCGGUACUUUACCCUCAGCUGAACUCAGACAACAAACCAUUCAACAAUUGAUCAUCGAUCUGACACACUUGACCCAAGUACCCUUUGCCCUUUAA